UACAGGCGUGCGGCUUACGAGACUGACUUCUGUAGCGUUGUUUUAUAGCAUGGUAAAAUAAAUUACAAUUGAUAAUGAAAAUGUUUUAGCCAAAAAACUGAUUGACUGUUCUAAAACUAGGUUUCUAAAUCAUGUGAAUUUCUUUUAGUUAUAUUCAAGAAAGUAUCGUAUUCUUCGUAUCCGUUACACACUCAAAAACAUCUAAGCGAAUACUGAUUAUCGUAUAAAUUAUAACGAUGGCUGCACCAACGGUUACUUUAAACAACGGACAAAAAAUGCCCGUAUUAGGGCUUGGCACCUGGCAAGGAGCAGACGAACCUAAAGUUGUUCAGCAAGCCAUACGUGAUGCAGUGGAUGCCGGAUACCGGCAUUUCGACUGUGCUUUCAUUUAUGGAAACGAGAAGGAAAUUGGAAAAGCUCUUCGCGAGAAAAUUGAAGAAGGAGUCGUGAAGAGAGAAGACCUGUUUAUCACAACAAAGUUAUGGAAUACAUUUCACAAAAAGGAGGAAGUUGUACCAGCCUGCAAACAGUCUUUGAAAAAUUUUGGUCUUGAUUAUGUGGACCUCUACCUAGUUCACUGGCCUAUGGCAUUUUCUGGAUUCGGAAAAGAUAUAUGGCCAAUAGAUGAACAUGGAAAUCCCAUGUGUGGAGAUGAAGAUUAUUUAGACACUUGGCGUGGUAUGGAAGAAUGCGUGAAAUUAGGGCUAACGAAAAGUAUCGGUCUCAGCAAUUUCAAUUCUCAGCAAAUCGAACGCGUUUUAUCGGUGGCCGAAAUUAAACCGGUUAUGAACCAAAUUGAAUGUCAUCCAAAUUUGAACCAGAAAAAAUUACGAAAGUUCUGCGCUGAACGUGGUAUAGCUGUUACCGCUUAUAGCCCGUUUGGCUCACCAAAGCGAAGCUGGGUAAAACCCGGUGAUCCUCAAGUCACGAUAGACGCGCCGGAAUUACUUAAACUCGGCAAGAAGUAUGGGAAAUCACCCGCCCAAAUCAUUUUGAGAUAUUUGGUUGAUAUUGAUACAAUUCCUAUACCAAAAUCCAAAUCAAAAGAUCGUAUUAAGCAAAAUAUUGAUAUCUUUGACUUUAAAUUGACACCAGAGGAAGUUGCAUUGCUAGAUACGCUUGAUAAUGGAACUCGAAUAUGCCCUUGCAUACAAUUCAAGGACCACAAAGAUUAUCCAUUCAAUAUAGACUCUUCUGGCUUAAUCUAUUCUUUCAUAAUGACACAAAUACCCAAUCACCUCACGUUUCUCAAUGGACAGAAAAUGCCAAUUGUUGGCCUGGGCACAUAUCAGUCCCGUGCAGGGGAAGUGGAAAGGGCCGUGAUGGAGGCGAUAACUGUUGGUUACCGUCACAUUGACACGGCGUUUUUUUACCAAAAUGAAAUUGAAAUUGGCAGAGCAAUUCAAGCAAAAAUCAAGGACGGUACCGUGAAGAGAGAAGAUCUGUUCAUCACAACCAAGCUCUGGAACAAUUUCCAUAAAGAAGAAAGCGUGGUACCAGCAUGUAAGAAGUCCUUGGAGAACCUUGGACUGAGUUACGUCGACUUAUACUUGGUUCACUGGCCGUUCGCGUUCGCGGAAGGCGGUGAUUUAACGCCUCGGGAUGCCAAUGGUGCUCUCUUACUGACAGACACCGAUUACUUGGAGACAUGGAGAGGAAUGGAAGAAUGCCUGAAGUUAGGACUCACAAAGAGUAUAGGUGUCAGUAACUUCAGCAUCGAACAGCUGACUCGUUUGCUCGAGGCGUCUAAGACUAUGCCUGUGAAUAAUCAGAUCGAAGUCAACGUGAACUUGAAUCAAAAGCCGUUAAUCGAGUUCUGCGCGAAACACAAGAUCACGGUGACCGCGUUUUCGCCGUUGAGUCAACCGGGAAACAAGCACGGUAUAUCAAACAACCUGGACCAUCCGAAAAUCGUCGAGCUCUCGCAGAAAUACAAGAAAACCCCGGCACAAAUAGCUCUGCGUUACGUGGCGCAACAAGGUGUAGCGAUCAUCCCGAAAACGGUAACACCUAGUCGUCUGAAGGAGAACAUAGACAUAUUCGAUUUUUCCCUCACUGCUGAAGAAAUGGCGGCCAUUGCGACUAUCGCGAGUGGAGCCCGUAUUUCAAGUUUCCACGACGCUAUAGGUCACAAGUACUAUCCAUUUUGAAAGUAAACGUUCCCCGACGACGACGUGUUGCGCCAGCAGGAAACAGCCUGUCAGAUUCAGCACGGAAUUAAUAGUGAGGCAUACCCUCUUUGAACUUACAUAAUCUCACGCUGUAAUUCGGCACCCGUUUGACCCUCAUCCAGUCAAUUAGGUUUAUUGACCGCCAUGGAAAAUUUCGAUGGCUCGUUUCGAAUGAUACACCGGCCGCAAACGGCACAGAACCGGGCCACCAUGUAACAAGACGAAAUAUGUAAAUAAAAUAUUUGUUUGACAUCGCAUCGAUAGACAACAGACUCUGUUAAUGAAAUAAUAGAAUGCAUAGCGUUUCACAUUUCACGGUAUGAUUUCGUUUCUAGCCGGACCGCGAAUAUUUAUAUAACGUUAAAAAUAAUUUGUCAAAGUUACCGUCAAAUUUUCCAAAUUAUCCAUUGCAUUGUACGCGAUACAGGAACUCUUCCAUUAGCUGUAACUUUCUUCGAGUUCAUUUUUAGCAUUGACACCUGUUAGAACCGAUGGCAAGAAUCAAUCGAUAUUCUAACGCGUAUUGGAAGCUAUAUAGGCAAACUCACGUUCCGAGAACCGAUCGUAACAUCAUGUUCCAAGAUUGGUUGAAAUGCGGCAGUGGAAACACAAUUAACGAAGUGAAGCAGAACCGAAGGUCACUGGCACGCUGCAGCCACAUCUAACCGCACCUCGUGUGUCAACCCUGAAAGUACAUUGAAAGCACUGAACAUUCUAUAUAACGUUGAAUA